ACAUCUCCACCGUUGUUCCGCGCUUCGUCCGUAACCCCACACACCCCGCCUCCAGGCUCCAGCCGGCCGCCAUCUCCUCUCCCCCUCUCCGGCAGCGAAGAGCAGACGGAGACGAGAAACAGCGAGAAGGCGCGGCGAGCCGAUGCAGCCCAAGAUCAGCGCGUUCUUCAAGCGGCAGGCAACUGAACUCGAUCUGAACAGCGGUGAUGAGGGGCGUGAGGGGCACGGGCAAGGAAGCGGCGGCGGCGCGGCGGAGGCGAAGCGGUCCCCGAGCUGCGCGGGCGGCGACCUCCGCAGCAAGAAGAGGACCUACGCGCAGUUCCAUCUGGAGCUGGGGCAGUCCGAUUUCCUCCUCCACACGUGCUCCAUCUGCGGCAUGAUGUACGCCCGCGGGAACGACGACGACGAGAAGGUGCACAAGGCGUACCACAAGAGCUAUUUCGAGGGCGUCCCGUUCAAGGGAUGGCGCAAUGAAACCGUGAUUGCAAGGUCCGAGGGGGGAGACCGGGUAAUUCUUGCGACCGAUGAAAAUUAUUGUAUGUGGAAUAGGAAGGUCAAAGAGGUGAUCAGAGUGGUGGAGAAGGAGCUAGGAUUUGGUGAAGGGCAGCUCCUUCAUAAACUUUGCAAGGUUUAUCUGUACAUAUCUGACCAGAGGAUUGUGGGCUGCCUUGUCACUGAACCGAUAAAAGCAGCACAUAGAGUUAUUUCUAGCUCCACAGAAGAAAGCAGUAGUGAUUUGCCGGCUAAUAAUAGCAAAUCGGGGAAAAUAGAUCAUACAUUAGAGUUUGGGAAAAUCUGUUUGAAGAGGGAAAUCAUAAGACGGCAUAAUCAUUCUGUGAAGAACAAAGAAGGGUACCGGGAUCCUGGUGCCAUAAUCUGUGAAGAGGAAGCUGUUCCUGCACUUUGUGGGUUUCGAGCCAUCUGGGUAGUACCAUCACGGAGAAGAAAACGAAUAGCCUCAAAACUAAUGGAUGUUGCAAGGAAAACGUUUUGCAAAGGAGGGACUUUGGGGAUGUCACAGUGUGCUUUCUCGCCGCCAACCUCCUCCGGGAAGGCACUAGCAUGCCGCUACUGCAAGACCAGUGCAUUCUUAGUCUACAGAGACGGAGAUGUAUAAGAGAAGCUACACUACGAGUCCCCUCUAAAACUUUCUUCCUCUUGUAAACUACUAUUUUGUUAUUGGACACCUGGGACUGAGAUAAAUAGGGCGCUUUUGGCUUUGCCAGUACCGUGCCGAGUCUGUAACUUGAACCCAGAUUGGGCAGCUUCUACCAGAAGGACCCUAGCCAAACUGAGCUAUUCUUUGUAGCUCCUCAUUGUAACAAGUAAUAACAUUUGCCUUGCUA